AUGAGGAACCCGAAACUCCAGGAGGACGAGCAUCACGGGAACGAGAAUGGACGCAGAGUCAGACGCGCCUUUUCCAUUGGGGAAGUAAGGCCCGAUCGAGACUCUCAGAAGUGUCUAGGAGCUCCACCGAGCCGCCGCGACUGGGCCAGGUCGACGCCUCGGACAGAAAACGAACGCACGGCUACGGGCCGCGCCCCGCGCCAAAGCAAUCGGUAUCAGACGAUCUCGUCCAGCGCCUUAGCGCUCUCCGAGACUUCGCCCGCUUCCUCGCCUUCGUGCGAGAAGGGAGAGGAAAAGCGACUUGGCAGGAGCCUUACAGAGAGAGGCUGUGCAGGUUUCAACGCGAAUCGAGAAGAGACAGGAACGCCUGCGGGGCGAGAAGGUCGCCGGCGGUCGCUACGUGAGCUCCGACAUGGCACGUCGUACACUGGCUUGGUCUCGCAGAUUCUGCCGCCGCCUCUGAGUGCGGGGCGCCAUCUGUGGCCGCUCGCUUUGGUGGAUUUUGGCUGCAUGCGCAGCGGCACGUUGGAGCUUCGGCCGCACUGGGACAUUCGCGCCGGGGACCUGGUUUCUGUGAAGGUGGUCAGCGUCGACUUUGCUCGCCACCGCGUCGUCCUUCACCUGGACACUUCUGCCAAAGAGCGGUUUUUCCGGAAAUUCCGUGGAGCCGACACCUGGCUAAAGGGCACGGUCGCGCAGAUUUUGCCCUUUGGCGCGGUUCUCAAUCUAGCCCCAGGCAUUGACGGCUUGUUGCAUAUCUCCCGAUUCCCGCCUCUCUUGGAACCUUCCACGAGUCGAGAAACGAAGCACCUAUCUCGGCCUUCCGUCAAGAGCCGCGUGCGUGUGGGCGACGAGAUGCUCGUUCGCCUGGUCAUGUUUGAUCGGGAUAGGCUCGUGCUCACCGCACUAAGUUCUCCACCCGCGCCGCCCUCUCGUGGCGGUCCCGCCUCGUCUAAUCUCACAGCGUCGCGCUCCUUGACCGCUGCUCCUGCCUCGCCCGUUCCUGCGUCGCCUCACCAUUGA